UUCUGUAGAGUUCAUGUUGUCAAACUAAUCACUCCUACUGGUAUUGUGUUUUGUCUAUUGUUAUUCAUUAACUAACAGAAGUCUACGAGUGUCAAUACGUUCUGAAAUCAGUGAUAAUAGUGAGAAUUUAACGGGGAAGUUGUCUACUUUCGUUAUCACUAUAAACGAUGGCCUCGCGAUGGUGUUGUAACAUGCAGCGAUGGAGCUAACUGGAUGGCGACCGCCGGGCUCGAGAAGAAAGUAAAGGAUAAUUUCCUGACUUGCUCCAUCUGCUUGGAGAUGUACACAGACCCGUGUACACUGAGGUGUGAUCACACAUUCUGCAGGAAAUGUGUCACCUCAUACAUCCAAACCAGACCCGAUGCUGUACAGUCCAAGACCAUCCCCUGUCCCUGCUGUCGACAAGACACCAAGGUCCCCCACCCCAGGAGGCCGGUGGAGGAGUGGGCGGGGCAGAUCAAAGCCAGCAUCAUUAUACAGGGGCUGAUUGACACCUAUAGGUCCGAGGAAGAUCUGCAAGGGACCUCGAGCACCUGUUGUACGAUCUGUCAGCAACUAGGGGAGACAACUCCAGGGGCCUUGUGGUGUCCUGAGUGUGAAGUGGCCCUCUGCGACAAAUGUGUGAAGACACACCGGGUGACCCCUAUUUUAUUGAACCAUGACCUAUGUGACCUGUCAUCUAGGUCAAAGGUCAAACGGAGGAUCAAGUGUACGGAACACAAGAGUAACCGUAUUGAGUUCCACUGUCAAGACUGUGGGAAGGCUGCCUGUCAGACAUGUUGUAUCAUCUACCACAGAGCUUGUAAGGCUGUCGUCACCAUUGAGUCUAUGAAGCCAGGGAUGAAGGCAGCACUGAUGGAGAAGAGACUUGGCAUGGAGAAGAGACUGAAAGUGAGAUCGAAGAAAGAAGACAUACGAAACGAGAAGCUCCAAAGUAGUUCUAGAAUCACAGAGUCAGCUGUUCAAAAUAUUAGGUUGAUCUGCCAGACAGCCAUUAACAAAAUUAAACAGAAAGAAACACAACUCUUGGAUGAACUGAAUAACAUAUCACAGACAUACGCCGACCAACUCCGAGCUGAUGUGAAUCUGGAAGAGAUCGAGAUGCAGAUGUACAGACAACAUUGUGAGUUCAUUGACCAGGCCUUGGUAUCGGACUGGGAGAUGGACUUGUAUGACGCGUAUCAGGUCUGGGACUCUGGAGCUGUAGAGAUGGAGGCUGUCAGAUGUACAGAGGCAGCAGCCACCCGGAGAAUAGAUCACAUCGGGUUUACACCAGACACUGACAACGUCCUGAAGGUCCUAGAUAACCUGCAGUUUGGGGACAUCGACGUCACAUACCAGGACAGAUGUCUGUCAACUCCUGUGCUGGUUGACACGAGAGAUGGGAAGGUGGUGGAUGAGGUAAAGCCUGAUCUAGGUGAUAUGACAGUUCUGGUUGUAGAUGGUGUACAGACAUGUGUUGUUACGGACUAUAAUAACAAGUGUGUGAAAUCGUUCUUCACAAGAAAGAAUCAUUCAUGCCAUAGUAAACUUCCCCUGGAUAACUCUCCAAGCGGGAUAACACAGUUGAAUGAGAAGCAGGUGAUGGUUGCUGUCCCUUUAUCCCGUCAGAUUGUAACUGUAGAAGUGACCCCUGACCUGGUGCUGCUCUCUACCACCACAACACGAGCCGAAUACUGGAGUCUGGCUGUUCUGAAUCCUUCAUCUCUAGCAGCAGGUACUUGGGAACGCAUGGAUAUCCUGGACAUGGCUGGACACGUGUUGAGGUCACUCACUACAUACAAUGGCGACUCACUGUUUACCUACCCCUGGUGCAUGUAUGUCAACAACAAGGGCAACCUUCUUGUGUCUGACAAGGGGAAGAAGUCUGUGACAUGUCUGACGCCAGAGGGGGAUGUUUUAUGGAGAUACAACCGUACCGGAGACAAGGCACUCAGCUACCCUUGUGGUAUCACAACUACCAGCACAGGAGACAUCCUGCUUGUAGAUAGGAACGCAGACAAGGUGAUACAGCUGACAGAGUCAGGAGAGUUUGUCAGGGAACUGCUCACGUUAGAAGAUGGCGAUCAGACAGGCAUGUGUGAUAUAUUUUGUGAUAAAUACGGUUUCUUAUUUCUAUGCACAGACUCGGAAGUGAAAGAGUACGCGUUUGUCUGACAUAAAAAUCAAAAGCAUGGAAGUCAGUGCAGAGCUGUGGUUUACGACAUUCUGUGCAUGGUGUUAGUCUGGAAUGGUUUGUGACUUCACCAAAACGUAUGGGCAUAGCUUUGUCAGUGAAUUGCAGACAUGCAAUAUUCAAAUAGGUCAUUUCCAGCAAGAAGUGAAAUAGUCCACAUGAUCACCAGGUGAAACAUGUAACAGUGUGCAAAAUACUGUAAUUAUUUUGGCAUUGUCUUGGUGUUUGGCUUUAAUUAUAAGCUUUAAAAUAUUAAUUUCAUAAUGAUGUAGGGACCCCCAGGACUACUCAUUUGGAGCCUUGCCACCUAUGUUAGGAUAUUUCACAGUUCAUAUUUUAUACCAACUGUGCUGAUUGGCCCAAAGUUUAUGAAGAAGCCUUGAAACUUCUCAUUAGCUGUAAGUUGCUGCUCAUGUUUUUUAUGCAAGGCAAGAUGCUCAGUAUUGUUCAUUCUGGCUGGAAACUUCACCAGGGACACAUGUUUUGGUCUUGAAGGAACUGAAGGUUAGUUUUAUGUAUUAUAAUGUAUUAAGGAUAAAAAGUCCAAAAAUAUUUCAAUUGGUUUAUGGUAUUUUAAAGAAUUGUUGAAAGUACAUGGAAUGUUGAGAUAAAAUACUUUCCAAUAUCUUGGUGAUGUAUUUGUGCAAAACGAUUUGCAUUGCACUUGUGAUGUAUUUUAUACUAGUGUUUUGCAUAGCAUUUAUAAUUUCAAUAUUGUGUUUAGAUCUACUAGUGAAAGCGUUCUGAUGAAGCACCAGCCAUUUGAUUCAGCCCAUAGCUGGUAAUUAUGUGUAAUUUGGUAGUUUUAUCCAUAAUGCUCUUUUCAAUAAUUAUAAUAGCUGUCACUGGCCACAUGUAUAUUUAUUUAAUGUUUCUGUAAUGUUCCUUAAAUAGUUAGUUGUAUUUAUUUAAUGUUUAAGGAAUAUUUAAAGAUAACGUUGUAUUUAAAUAUUAUAAUCUGUGACACACGUACAUGUGCUAUAACAUAUUGCAGAAUUGAUCGCGAGUGUGUACCACUACAUCUGGCUGGAUUAAAUAAAGAACUAUGCCCUACGGUU